CGCUGCCUUCGUGGGCUUUUGGACGACGACGUCUCGUCAUUUAAAAAGCGUCGUUUGGUGGAGCUAGCUAGCGAUUUUAUUUUUAUAUCGUUUUAGUUGUCGUUUAAAUGUGAUAUAAUUUGUUAAGUAUUUAUUUAUAAAUCGCGCGGCGAAUUAAAAUAAGAAAAUUGAAGAAAACGAGGAUUGCUGAGCAAACAACAACAAAAGGCAAAGAAGAGAGCAAUAAAAGGAGCUGCAAAAACAAAAGGCAAAGAGAAACAACAAAUAACGGCAAAAGCAGAGUAGCGGCAAAUAGGCAAAAAACAAAGAAAAAAAGCUAAAGCCGAAACAACAACCACCAAAAAAAGAGAAAAGCAACAUUUUUAUAAAACCGAUUAGAUAAAAUAGAACUUUUACUAAUUGUACAAAAGCAACAACGAUAACAAAAUAUAGGAAGAAAUAUACAAUUGAAAAUCAGUUCAACCGAAAAACAAAAAUCUGACGAUCUUCACUUAAACAAAAGAAGAAACAAUAAAAAGAGAAAAAGAAACAAAGUUAAACGAAAAAUUCCGGAGGACUACACAAAAAAGCCGAUGAAUUUAAAAAGAUCUCUAAACAUUAAAACAUGCAAAACAUCACAAAAUAAAAAUAUUCUUUGCAAAUAAAAAGUAAAGUUGAAAAAAACAAAACAAAAAAUUAAAUUAAAUUAAAAACAAAACUUAUAAAUUUAAAAAGACAAUAAUCAAACGAUCUUCCAUGAAAUAAAAAAUAAAUAAAUACUUAAACUGUCAUGCAAUACUACCAUACUUAAAUAUACUGCAUUUAAAUGUAAGCAACAGUAAAGUUUAAUAAAUAUAAUUUAGACAAACAUAAUUUAUAAAGGAACCCCAACUAAACAAAAACAAAAACUUUUAAAUAAAAAAAAACGGCGAUAAAUCUGCGAAAUAAAGCUUUACUACAUCGGAUUUCAAAUCGGGCCCAAAAGUUGAAAUGGUUUACUCCACGAAUAUUCUGCUGGCAAUUGUGACGAUCCUGACUGGCAUUUUUAUCUGGUCUCGUCGCACAUAUGUUUAUUGGCAGCGUCGCAGAGUGAAGUUUGUCCAGCCGACCCACUUGUUGGGGAAUUUGAGCCGAGUCCUACGACUCGAGGAGUCCUUUGCCCUGCAGCUGCGCCGCUUCUACUUCGACGAACGUUUCCGGAAUGAACCUGUGGUGGGGAUCUACCUGUUCCACCAGCCAGCACUCCUCAUUCGCGAUCUUCAGCUAGUGCGAACCGUUUUGGUCGAGGAUUUCGUCAGCUUUUCAAACCGAUUUGCCAAAUGCGAUGGGCGCAGCGAUAAAAUGGGCGCCCUAUCGCUUUUCCUGGCCAAACAACCCGAGUGGCGUGAGAUCCGCACCCGCUUGGCACCCGCCUUCGCAGGUGCCAAACUAAAACAGAUGUUUUCGCUGAUGGAAGAGAUCGGCUGCGAUUUGGAGUGGUAUCUCAAACGUUUGACCCGAGAUUUACGACGCGGAGACGCCGAGCGUGGGGCAAUUGUGAGCAUCAAGGAUGUCUGUGAUCUAUAUAAUACCGAUAUGAUAGCCAGCAUCGCCUUCGGCCUGAGAUCUUAUAGCUUGAGGAGCACGCAAUCGGAGAUCGGUUCACAUUGUCAGGAUCUAUUUCGGCCGAAUGUCCGUCGAAUAAUAGACUUGUUUGUGAUCUUUUACCUGCCAAAAUUGGUGCCGCUGCUGCGGCCCAAACUUUUUACGGAGCCGCAUGCGGAAUUCCUGCGCCGUGUCAUCCAGCUGGUGAUCGAGGAGCGGGAACGCGGUGGCGACCUGCGCAAUGAUCUCAUCGAGAUGCUGUUAACGCUGAAAAAGGAAGCGGAUCUGCAGCAGGACAAGUCGCAUUUCACGCACCAUCGCGACUUUUUGGCCGCCCAGGCGGCAUCUUUUGAGCUAGCGGGCAUCGAAACCUGUUCCUCUAGCAUGUCCUUUGCCCUCUACGAGCUGGCCAAACAGCCGCUGAUGCAAUCCCGUUUGCGUCGCGAAAUACGCGAGGCGUUCGCCGACAAUCCCAAUGGGAAACUCACCUACGAGGCCAUCGCCCGAAUGGAGUUCCUCGACAUGGUCGUGGAGGAAACGCUGCGAAAGUAUCCGAUUGUGCCGCUCCUCGAGCGCGAGUGCACGCCGAUCAACAAGAAGCGGUUCUACUCGUUGAGGCCGCAUGCCGAGUGCUACGCCCGCCGUGGCAUGCCCGUGUUCAUAUCCAAUCUGGCCAUACACCAUGAUCCCAAGUACUGGCCGGAUCCCGAACGCUUCGAUCCAGAACGCUUUAGUCCUGUGAACAAGGCGCUGCACACACCCAUGUCGUACUUGCCUUUUGGAGCCGGACCGCACAACUGCAUUGGGGUGCAUAUUGGAUUGCUGCAGAUAAAGCUCGGCCUAGUCUUCUUCUUGCAUCGCCACCGCGUCGAGAUUUGUGAUCGCACUGUGGAGCGGAUUCGAUUCGACGCCAAAUUCGCGCUGCUGGCCAGCGAGCAACGCAUUUACCUCAAGGUCGACUGUUUAUAGCCACCGAUCCCCAUCCGCCCAUCGCCACCGCCAUCCGAUAUCAGCAGCAUUAUUUUAUGGAGCGGGAGCACGGCCCCCAUCGUCAUUGUAAAUACUUUGGCCUGCCUCAAAUAAACUUUGCUACGAACUUUUUUUUUAAAUACCAA